AUGGAGGGGGCGGAGGAGGUGGGGUUAGUGCUCGCGCGCGCGUCGGAGCUGAGGUCGAAGAUUGACCGGUGCAUCCUUGAGAAUGCGGCGGAGAGGCGGCUCAGCGACGGGGACGCGCUGGGCCUUCUGUCUCCGGUUGAGGGUGGCAGAGAAGAGGAAGAGGAGAACGAUGAGGACGACGCUGAGCAGGAGGAAGAGAGCCUUAUAGACGUUCGCGAUGCGCUGGAAUCCCUCGAGCAGCAGCUCUCCUCUCUCCAGGUCCCUCUUUCUUCCUCCCUUCCUUCCCAUACAUAUAUUGGCUGCGCGUCUUCGCCUAGGGUUUGGUGCGAAGCUUUUCUUAUCCGUUCAUAUAUGAUGACGUUGACGCUACGUGGAACGACCGGACCUAUCGAGAGGUUUUUUUAUCAUACUUUGGCAUUGUGUAUGCGAUUCUUUGAUCUCGUAUUUACCUGCAUCCAGCCUCGCCAUCAAUUAGAUGGGGGACGAGAGAGGGGACAACCGGUUGAGGGAUUCAACCGUGUGCGAAGUUGAGUAGGUAGAGGGAGAUGAGAAGGAAACCCACCCGCCAGAACAGGUUUCUGAUUCUACUUGCAUGAAGGACCGGAGAAGAUCUGUAUGCAUCCCGUCUGGUACCAUAGCUUUCCGUUUCUUGUCAGCCUUCUUGCCCGUCGCCAACCUUUGAUCCAUCUCAGGUAUCUUGAUGAUGAUCUGCAAGCUCAGAAGACUGAGUGAUCUCACAUGGCUAAUAGAGGGUUUUGGCUGCUCGUAUUGGUUAUACUGGGAGCGGCUUGUGGGAUGUAUCCAGGAUGUUGUUGCAGGAUGGAGAGCCGGGGGGAACUGUGGGGCUUCGACCUUCAGAUUUUCUGUUCAAAUGAAGUAAAAUUCAUGGAUAUCGGCUUGUUCCAUAAUUAAUUUAUGACUAAAAAAAUGUGAUCAGUUAGUGUGAAAGAAAUCUGAGAGAGAUUUUUGGAUUAUUCAUGACCAUGUCGCUGUGAAUGCAUUAUCCAUGACCAUGAAGAUCAUCUGAAACCAAGGGUCUCAUUGUUCUGAUAAAAAAUGAAUCAUUCGCCCGCUAUCAUCUGUCUGAUAUUUGGGAAUUUUAAUCAUUAAUCUGGGCAUAAUUCUCCUUCUCUGGUCUUUUGGAUCACAGGCACUGGAGCAGCGGCAGAUCUAUGAAAAGGAGGCAGCUUUGGCCCAGAUCGACCGAUGCCGCAUGUUCCUGUUGAGCAGGAUUAGGGAAUAUAAAGGGGAUUCGGAAGUGGUGCAGGAGGCGUCGAUCUUUGCUGGUGGAAACACAGAAGAAGAUGGUGAUCUGCUCCUCCCCCCCUACUCCAGCCACAUACCCGAAGCAUUUAUCCUGGGCGGCCUUUCCUCCUCUCUCCACCUCCCCAACGGCCUGGGGAAGAGACCCUUGAGCAGGGUGGAAGACAAGCUGGGAGAGUCUAGCAUGAAGCAGGCAGAUUCUCUGGCAGGAAGCGCGUUCCGAAGAGCUGGGUUGUUCUUCAGGCUUGCGGCGAAGUCGGCGGUCGCCACUGUCGGAGUUCUUGCCAUCUUGCGGCUGGCCGGGUUCGAGCCGAGGCUCGUAAGGAGGGGGGGGCGGCUGAAGCCACCGGAGCUGCUGCAGACGCGGCGGUGCGAGGCGGAGGAAGCGGUGGCGACGACCCGGUGCCCACCUGGUCGGGUCCUGGUGGUGGAGGACGGGGUGGUCCGGUGCGUCGUGAAGGAGCGAGUCGAGGUCCCGUUUGGGUCCGUUGACCCGGCUCCAGUUGUGAGCUUGGGGCUCGGGUAG